AUGGACCCUUUGAAAUCCUUCGAGAAAAAACUCCUCUCAGGAAGCCUGAUCGAUGCAUCGAAAUUGAAACAAAAUCGUCCAUCAUGGCUAGAUCCGUCGAGGGUACCGCGCAUCUAUAGGGAUUUGGAAGCGCUCGUCACGGUUCCGAACGGGGUCGAGGCGCCUGGGGAGCGAACUCCGCUCGACACGGCUAAAGUUUACCAGCUUCUCCUUGCAUCGGGCUUGCCGCAACCGAUUCUUGCCUCGAUAUGGGAGCAAUGCUCCAGAGCAGUCCCUGGCAUCUUGGUUCGGCACGAAUUCUAUCAGUCAUUAGCUUUAGUAGCUCUGUGUCAGGUAGGCAAGCAGCCGAAUUUGCAGCUGCUCCCGACUCUACCAAGCGCUCCCAUACCUCAGCUCGCCAUCCCAGGGUAUCCACUACCUCUGGCAGCUGUGGUUCAGCCUCAGAUCGGUCGGCCGAUUCCCCCUCAAGUUCCGGACGCAACGAGUUCAACUCAGCAAACGUCGAUUGAACCAACCGUCUCACCAAAAGCAAACGGGAAUCCCCUAGACCUGACAGCGGUCACGACCCAAUCGGCGGAAGACGAGGACGAUUUCGCGGAAUUCCAAUCAGCUCCGUCCAGGAUAGACGGAAAUCGGAGUGCGGCGGACCCGAUUCCUCUGAGAAUCUCAGUACCUGAAGCGCUUCCCAGCGAGUACCUUGUAGAUAGAUCUUCCAUUUCGUCUCCGCUCGCGCCUGUAACAAUCCGCGCUGGGGACCCUGAUGAUCUCCUUCCAACGAGUUCACAAAUCAAACAAAGUUCACCGUGUCAAAAAAUUCCGAAGUCGACAAUCGCAGCGAGCUCGCCCAAACAAUUGAAAGUGCUGCCGUCAGCCUCGCUGUUCGAUUCUAUAACGUUUCCCGUCGCAGAAAACGUGCAGCCCCCCAGCGAGAGCAACCCAUGGCUAGGUUUUUCGCUCGAAGCUCCCGGGGGAAAAUCGGCAUCGAAAAAGACCGUCAGGAAAGCGAUCAAAGACGCUAGGCAUGAGGCUCCGUUAGCAGCUCAGAUCAAUUCCACGACCCAGAAAGAGAGCGCUGUCGCAACGAACGGUGUCGAUGACGGAUUCGAUGAUUUCGAUGACUUCCAAAGCGCACCCGUGGAGGCUCAAAAUCGAGCACCGGGGCCUGACUCAGAGACGAGCCACGCGAAAGAUUUCCCAAGCCCACCAGACGAGGACAAGUACUCGGUGUUCCGUCUUCUCGAUGGAUCACCGGAUGAAUGUCCGGACGGGGAGUCAUUUGCUCGCGAAUCAGACGCGCACCCGACCCUGUUGUUCCCCGCAGGCGAGAGAGAGCAAAAACCCUCCCGGAGCUCCGCACCCAGCGCCUCGACCUCGAGUGGGGGAGACGGAGGAGUUCCAGUGGAUAUUCUAUCGCUCAUCAAACUCCCCAGCAUUCCUGCAGUCGAGAGUUCAUUCGACGGAGACCUGUCGCAAUUUGAUUUGCUCUCUCUGAGCGCCGGCGACGAAGUCACCAAUCGCGAUUCGACAUCGGCCCUCAUCGAGCUCCAAGAUAUCGACAUCGGCUUCCUGGCCGUCGAUGGUCCCGUGGCUUCGCAUCCGAGUUCGGUCGAAGCAUCACCCGCCAAAUCGGUCGCCUCUGGCAUGAGUAUAGGCGAGUCUCGGGGCGGGGAGAAGCGCUUAUCUCUUUUCACGUCAAAAGCGAACUACGCCGAAUGCGCCUCUCUGUCCAGCUUUGAAUUGGGUCCGAGCACCGAGAGUAACUAUUCGUCACCAACCAAAGGGUCGAUCGUGUCUCUGGAGCUCAAUUCCCGAAGUCCACCCGAUGACGAAAACGGUGACGAGGACGAUACGCUCGAGUGGACCAUCGAAGCCGAAGAUGCCCAAGCGCCACGCGCGUCGGAGUCCACGUCCGAGAAUAAGCGGAGGGGCUCCGAUGAGUUCUGUUGGGCGCAGCCGCCAAUGUUCCCACCUCCAGAUCCGACAGACCUGGGGAAAAACUCCGCGUUGCCGAGCACGGGAUUAUUCCUCCAGAAUUUCCCCGAAAACCAAUCGAAGGAGGUUACGAGACAGCAGGUGGCAGAUGGCUGGCAGCGAAUUCUGAGCAAAGCAGCUGCGAUCCUAGAAAGCGCCUCCGUGAUCUUGGGAGACGAUCCUGUCGUUCUUGGCGAGAUUUUGUCCACUGCGAAGGGCCAAGCUUACAUUGCGAGUCUUCUCGAAGUUUACAACGUCACCCAACAACUCAAGAAGUCCGCCGAUUUGCACGGCGUCAGAGGUUUGAGCACCCAGCUUAAACAAGUCGAUGACACCUGGCGGGGCAAACUCGACGACCUUGCGACUCGACUCCACUUGAGCGUCGUCUGCAUGGAUCAUUUGAGUUCGCCGAUACGAGCAGAAGAAGAUAUCUGUGCUAUUUGCUCGCUUCCGCUGACUUUGAGGUUGCCUCAGAUCCUGUUCGGUGACAACGGAUAUCACUCGAGCUGCGCGAACUUCUGGGCCAAUGUUCUAGCCGAAGGUCUACCUUGUCUCAAACUUUCUCCAUGAAUGCCGUCCGACAAGUUUCCGAUAUCGAUAUUUAAGGAAUCUCACUGAAACAGUGAUAAAAUAGAAAAGCAUCUUCCAAGGCGUGGUGAUAGACUAUUUCCAUUCCUCCGACCAAGUAUAGCCACAUCGACGGAUAGUAGUGUUGUGUGACAGGAAACGAUUACGAUCAAAAAAUCGUAUGUACAUUCGGA